UAAUUUUGCCGUAAAAACAAAAACCGAAAACGCAGUGGAGCAACGGGCAACGGGCGAUUUGAAAUCGGAGUAGUUGUUGCAGCAAGCAACUCACUCCUCUUUCCUUCACCAUGGAUUACCUAAAAACCGUGGUACCUUCACAACUCACCGCCGAGCGAGGCCCCAAUCUAGUCGUCAUCAACCCUGGUUCUGCAAAUAUCAGAAUAGGCCUCGCAACACACGACACUCCCUUUAAUAUUCCUCACUGCAUUGCACGCUAUACCAGCCAAGUCCCCAAGAAAAAUGUUCAAGACCAGAUGCUCAAUUCUCAGAUUACUACUGCUCAGCACAUGGAGCGUGAGAAGGCAUAUGAUGUUAUCGCGUCGUUGUUGAAGAUACCUUUUUUGGAUGAAGAGGUUGCUAACAAUUCUUUCCCUCGCAAGAUGGGACGUGUUGAUGGGUAUAAUCCACAUAAUAGCAAGAAGGAAACAGCAUUUACUUGGACUGAUGUAUAUGAGAAGGAACCAAAUUCAUCUUUGCCAUUAGGAAGUUCGAUAAAUGAAGGUGUGGCUAAUGAGUCUUUGGACCAGCAUGAAGGCAGCAGUUCUAAGGAGCUUAUUUCUAGCAAACCUAAAUUCAGACAAUUCAUUUUUGGCGAGGAAGCACUUAGAAUAUCACCUACAGAACCGUAUUGCUUACGACGGCCUAUUCGCAGAGGUCAUUUGAACAUUUCACAACACUAUCCCAUGCAGCAGGUAUUUGAGGAUCUGCAUGCUAUUUGGGACUGGAUUUUGAUAGAGAAAUUGCAUAUCCCUCUCAAUCAAAGAAACAUGUACUCUGCUAUUCUUGUUGUGCCAGAAACAUUUGAUAAUCGUGAGAUAAAGGAAAUGUUAACCCUAGUGUUGCGAGACCUGCGCUUCAGCUCAGCAGUGGUACACCAGGAAGGUCUAGCUGCAGUUUUUGGGAAUGGGUUAUCAACAGCAUGUGUUGUAAACGUAGGUGCUCAGGUGACAUCAGUCAUUUGUGUUGAGGAUGGAGUGGCACUACCUACUACAGAAAAGACGUUGCCUUUUGGUGGUGAGGAUAUAUCAAGAUGCCUUCUCUGGACUCAGAGGCAUCAUCAGACAUGGCCACAAAUCCGUACUGACAUUUUGACAAAGCCAAUAGAUCUGUUGAUGCUUAACCGACUGAAAGAGACAUAUUGCGAAAUUAAAGAGGGGGAACUUGAUGCUGUCACUGUUGUUCAUUCUUAUGAAGAUGGCUUGCCAGCUGGAUCUCACAAGACAAGACUAACAGCUCUUAAUGUUCCUCCUAUGGGUCUGUUCUACCCAUUGCUUUUGGUUCCAGAUGUGUAUCCUCCACCACCCCGUUCUUGGUUUCAUGACUACGAGGACAUGCUUGAGGAUACAUGGCACUUGGAUUUUCCCAGAAGAUCUGACAUAUCAGAUGGUUUAUAUCCUGGCAUGAAUGUUGGAUUACCAAUGUGGGAUACCUACCCUGUUUUUACAGCUAGACCAAAGAAAGAAGAGAAGGUUGGCAUUGCAGAGGCUAUCACAAGUAGCAUUCUUUCAACAGGGCGUAUAGACCUCCAGAGAAAGUUGUUUUGCAGCAUACAAUUGAUUGGUGGAGUGGGUUUGACAAGUGGUCUUGUUCCUGCAGUUGAGGAGAGAGUUUUACAUGCAAUUCCUUCAAAUGAAGCAAUUGAUACUGUUGAGGUUCUGCAAUCACGAACAAAUCCAAUUUUUGUGUCAUGGAAAGGCGGAGUGUUUCUGUCUUUAUGAUUGGCUGAUGAGAUCUUUUGAUUGAAUAUCUCAAUUCCUUUCUGUGUGCUUUUGUGGAGUACAUGCCACCAUAGAAUACGAGAAAUAUUAUCUGAUAGUUCCCGGUGGAAAACAUGCCUCCAUGGAAUAUUAGAAAUAUUAUCUGAUAGGUCCCAAACAAAUAUGACUUGGAUGACCUUUUUGCAAUAAAUAUUAUAAAUGGCAGAAUAAAUGACAAGACUGAACAGUUAACAAACUUCAAUAAAUACAAAAUUCAGGAAAUAUUAAACAUGUAUGAUGAAAGUGAGAGUACUUCUUUUGGGAUGGCUUGGAGAGUACACUUAAUUGGCUUCAUCUACUCUUCUCCCUCUAAUUACUUAUGCAAAAUUCAGGAAAUAUCAAAUAUGUAUUAUGAAAGGGAGAGUACUUCUUUUGGGAUGGCUUGCAGAGCACGCUUAAUGGGCCUUAUCUACUCUUCUUUUUCCUCUAAUUAGUUAGCAGAAAAGUUCAAAAAGAAUAAAGAAGAAAGUUAUUUAAUAUGUGUGAGGUAGGGGUUGCAUUGUUUGCCAAUGAACUAUGGCUCAACUAACUCUUCCUCCUCCCAUAAUAAUGGGAUGGAAAGUGAGGUUGUGGAUUCAAGACCCAUUGGGUGCAUGUGUAACUUACAUUGUUCACAUAUAUAUGCAAUGAUGACAAACAAGAUAAUGACACUUGUUCUUCUUUGGGAUUAAUGUGGUUAAUCCAAUUUAAUAUAGUUA